CUAAGAUGGCCGAAAAGAUGCGCAAGCCGGAUUGCAUGGAGACAGCCAAACUUUGUUUUGCCCUUAGACCAGUUAUAGAAUAGACACGGCUCAUUGUAUAUUCAUACUAAGGAACUAUAAAGACUGGAUACACGCAGUCGCCAUUUUGAGUCACACCAUAGCAUUCCAUUCAACUGCUUGUAAUGCUUUGCUUUGACAGUGGUGAUUAUAUUUUGAUAUUUUUAAUAAUUCUAAUUCAUUAUGGUGGGGUGCUCGGCACCAAAUUGUGCCAAUAAAACAGAGAAAGGGUCUCGCUUGUUCAGAUUUCCUACAGAUGAAAAAAGAAAGGCAAUUUGGCUUCAAAAUUGCAGACGUGAUAAAUGGAAGCCAACAUCAAAUUCCAGACUUUGUGAGGUCCACUUUGAAGAAAAUCAGUGGGAGCUCCAUCGAGCAGAUGAGUGGAGAAAGUUGAAGCCAAAUGCUAUUCCAACUUUUUUUAAUGUUCCGAAUCCACCAAAAAAGCUUAUAUCAACAAGGCGGUCAACUUACAAGGACCCAUUUUUUAGUGAGAUAGCUGGAGGUGCUACAAUCACAGAAAAUGAAACUGCUAAUCUUGGUGUAGGGAAUGGCACAGCAUUAUCUCAUGAGGCAUUUCAUGCUGGGGAGGAGGAGCAAAUAAAGCAACUCAAGAAUGAAGUUGCAUCACUGAAGGAGGAACUUCAGAAGAAGGAUUCAAUGAUGAAAUCGUUUUUGAAUAAGGAGCAAAUUGCUGCAUUGCAACAAACACCCAACAAGUGGAGUGCUGAGUCUAUCCUUCUAGGCUUGAAGCUUCGAUUCAGCCUGGGUGUCAAUGGCUACAAUUUCCUAAGGGAAACGAAAUAUCCUCUGCCUUCCAUUGCCACUCUGAAUCGACACUCAAUUGAUUCCGAUAAGAAUCGGAAACGUAAGGCUGAAAUGUUUGGAACUUCAUCCAAAAAAAGAAAAAAACUGAGUUAGGAUAUGACCUGUAAUAUUACUCAAUUACUUCUUAACAUGUAUGAAAUCAGGCCUACUUAUUUUUAUUUAUAAAAUAGAAUUAUA